GCCCUAAAAUCCCUAAAUAUAUUGGAGCUGAUUUUGAGCGACCCAACACACCUGAGCAAUCGUUAAAUGUAAAUAUCCUCGCGCGGAUUGCUAAACCACGCCGGUGACCGGUUCCCGUGCGCGGUAAGUAUGAGCAAGCCCGUCGCCGGAGCCGGACCGACGGCGGGGGCCCCCGCGCAGAAGCAGAAAUCCCUUCUCCAAAGACUCGACACCGACAUCGGCAACAUAGUCGAAAACUUCAGUCUCCUCGUGAACGUCGCUAGGGUGAACGAUCUUCUCGUCCGCAACGCGCAGGAGGCUUUCCAGAUGGAGAUGCGAGCUGCCAGAAUGGUUCAGGCGGCCGAUUCGCUUCUGAAGUUGGUGUCGGAGCUGAAGCAGACGGCGAUCUUCUCCGGGUUUGAGUGUCUGAACGAGAACGUGGAGCAACGCAUCUGCGUGUUUAAUCAGCUGGAGGAGAGCACGGAUAGGUUGGUGGAGAGGAUUGGGGAGCAGGGGGCCGUUAGUCUCAGGGAACUGGAGACCCAUUAUUACUCUUCCAUUCAGAGGGUGAUAUUGUUGGUUUGUACCUUCUAGCAGCAAUAGGGAGAUUCUGUUUCUUCAGGCCGGCUUUUGUAUGGAUCUUGGAGCUACAAGGAGGCAGCGUUACAGGUUUUAAUUAGAAGAACAAAAAUUAAAUUAUAUAAAAAUACUCGGAAUUUGCAAACUCUUAAAUUUAGAUUACAAUUAUUUCGACAAAACAACUAAAGAAAUGGAGCACAGUUUUUGCCUUUCAAUUUGUAGCAGGUAGGAGGGCUAUUUAUUUAAUAAGAAGGGGCUCAGAUUUUAUGUUACGCACUAA